AUGGCGCAUACUAGACGUCUACGACAUGAUGAUGGCAGUUUCGAACUGCCAGAACCAAUUAGGCAUCACAUUCUCUCUUUCCUGAAACCCAAAGAAUCAGCAAAACUAAGUUUGCUGUCCAAGGGAUGGCUGACCACUUGGCGCACACGCCCCAAUUUGCACUUCGAGUAUGAUGAAGAUGAAUCGGGUUCUGAUGAUAGGCAAGCUCUUGAAAGAAGACGUGAUAGUUUCAUAAAUUGCAUCAACACCACCUUGAUGAGGUACCGUGAGAAUAAGUACGGUAUUGAUUCUUUGAAGCUUAUGGUUUAUAAUGAAGAUUUUCCCUCGCUGAAGCCUGAUCAUGUUAAAACAUGGCUCGGGAUUGCAGCAGAAAACGGUGUGAAAGGCCUCGAGAUUUCUUUAAAAUGUGACUCUUAUCAUCCUAAGUUGGCUCGGACAAUUUUUGAAGCAACAUCACUCGUGGAGUUAUAUCUUAGUGAAAAAAUCUAUAUGAAGCACAAAAUGAUUAAGAUAAUAAGGUGCCAUGAUCUCAGAAAAUUGUGUCUUAACAAGGUGGGCUUAGACGAAGUGAUGCUGCAGAGAAUAAUGUCGAGCUGCCCUUCAAUUGAAUUCUUGGAAAUUAUUCAAUGUUUAGGCAUUGAGAAUAUUGAGGUGACCAAGCUUCAAAAACUAAAGCAAUGCAGUAUUGUCUUAUGGAAAAUCGGUAAUGUUGAAGUUGAAGCACCAAAUCUUGAAGACUUCUCUUACGGGACUUGUGUGCCAGCUAUGCCAGCUAGCUAUCUACUUAGUGAAGAGGAAGAACAGCCAUUGCCAUGUCUUCAGGUGUCCAGAUGUAAAAAUCUAAGGAAGUUGUCCUUGGAUAACAUUGGCAUCACUGAUGAGUUUUUCUCAGGCAUUGCAGAAGAUUUUCAGCACCUUGAAGAGUUGAAAAUCCGAUACUGCUAUGGUUUGCAAACUGUGAGGAUUUCGAGCCAGUCUAUUAAACUCAUAAAUUUGGAGUUUCGGAAGGAAGGAGGAUUGAAAGAGGCCCAAAUUGAUGUUCCAAGCAUUGUUCGCUUUGAGUACAGGGGAAAUUUCAUUCCCCUACUUUCUUUUGCUCCUCCCUCUGGUCCUUGGGUGUCUUACAUUGAAUUGUCAUGGCAGAACAGGAACAUUUUGGAGACUUCUUGUUUCUCCGAACUGAAGGAACUAUUGAUGAAGCUCAAUCUAUCUGAAAUUUCACUCAGAAUCAUCUUUCCCAAAAAUGUCGAGGGCUUUGUUGAGGAUCAGAUAAGAAACAAAGCCAUAUAUCCCCUGCCUCAAGUUCAAACAUUGUCCAUAAGCUUCGACAAGGCAAAUUGUCUAGAUGUUGCAUAUUCAGUACUUGACGGUAUCUUCUGGACGUGUCGUCCUAAAACCAUUGUUCAACAUAGCUGCCAAGAUCUGGACUCACACAAAGAUGCUAGUGACCUGCUGAACGUAUUCUUUCAGAUGCUUAUGCUCAGAAGAAAUCAUCUGUAUGGCAAUUUUCAGCAAACUAAAUUUUGGCAGGAGGAUCUGAAGGAUGUGAAACUAGGGAUGUUUAAGGAGGGGCAAAGAGUUCAGCUGCCUCGACUUUCAGACUGGGAAGCUUUUUCGAAGGUAAUAACAGCUGAAGGACGCAGUUUGUAUGUUGUCUUUGAGUUGGAAUGGGAAUAUUUCAUGAUUAGGUAG